AUGUCGGUUUUCGAUGGUGAAAUUGAAUUUCAAUCAGUGUAUAUGGUAGAUUUUGCUAAGAAAAAUAAACCAAAAAGUCCACGUCGCAAAGCAAUAGACGACGAUUGUCUUAUCGUCGGCCUUAGUCGUGAUUCCCUGAAAGCCAGAGACCAGCCACGCAAAAGUCCGGAUGUAUUAUGCCCUAUUAACUUUGAAUACUACAAGGAGGCUGUUGAACGGUUUGGUGAAGACCAUCCAAGAGUCACUAAAAGAUACAUGACGAAGGAUGUCGAUCCAACGCCAGUAGACCACGAGAUCCAGGACCUGAAGAGGACUGAGUAUUUAACCAAAUAUUGUUCCAGGGAACUGCCGUUCAUGUCUGUGAAUCUGGCGAGGCGUGCGCGUGCGCUGCAAACGCUGCGGCUACCGGACGACAUCUACAUACCAGACACGAGCCAAAAGGGCUCAUACCGCCCGCCCAAGCCGGAGAAAUAUGCGGAGCCGCCCUCCGCCAUGUCUAUGAGACCUAAGUUUGAUCCAUCAUUGACAAAGGAGCUACGACGCAUCUUGCGUGUGCGCACAGGCGAUACAAGUUAUGGCGUGACUCACGAUCUAUUAGCUAAAGUGGUACUUGAGAAGAAUCCCUUUGGACCACCUCGCGAAGAGCCCAAAUUUGGUCGUUGGAAGAACAGAUACUUUUACACUUACAGAAUUUAA